AUGGAUAAAAAAAACAGUGAUGAUGGGGAUGUAUCAGAAAAGUUAUUGGCCACUUCUGAAGUUACUACUGAUUUACCAUCAAUAAACAAUCAAGAAAUCAAUUUACAAACAAGAUAUGAAAACAUUGAAAACAGUGGUAAUGGAUUUGAAUUUCUAGAGAAUAUUUCUAUCAUUAAUAACAUUGAUGAUUCAGUACCAACUAUUUUAAAUGAAUAUCAACUUGAUACACAUAGUGAUGAAUUAGAAUCAUUAUCAAAUUCAUUUAAAUGGAAAAACGACCCAACUAUUUUUUCAAAAAUAGCCCGUUAUACUCCAGAGAUGAUAAAUAUGCUUUUAAAAUUGGGCCCAUGUCAACCAAAAGCUAAAGAUUUACCAAAUUCUCAAUUUCCCAAAGUUGGCAACAGAUGCUUUCAUGAAGCUUGGUAUUAUAGAAAGUUACCAGAUGGAACAAUGAUGCAUAGAGAUUGGUUAACUUAUUCUCCUGAUAUAAACCGAGUAUUUUGCUUACAUUGUAUGUUAUUCGGAAAAAAAAGUAAGAAAGCAUGGGUAUCAGAUGGAUUUUGUAAAUUCCAAAAUGGGUCUAUAUCCUUAAUGGGUCAUGAGACUACUGAUGCACAUGUAGAAGCUUCACUUAAAGUAAAAAUGAGGGAAUUAACGUUACCAUUAAUACCAUCAAUAGUUGAAGAAAAAAAGAAGCAAGUAGCCCUCAAUCGUGAAAUAGUAGGACAGUUGAUAGAAAUUACUAAAUAUCUGGGAUACCACUCAUUGGCUUUUCGAGGUCAUCGGGAACAAUGGUCGAAUAUUAAUAAAGGUAAUUUCAAAGAUUUGGUCGAGCUUAUGGCAAAGUAUUCUCCAGCUCUCUCAAUUCAUAUUUCAAAUCUUCAAAUAAGCGGUAGAAAAGAACUUUCAUUUAUAUCUUGGCAACGUCAAAAUUUACUUAUAAAUGCUCUAGCGCAAGAAAUAUUAGUCAUUAUUAAAUUUGAAAUCCAAAAUGCUAAAUUCUUCAGCAUAAGUAUAGAUUCUACUUUUGAUAUAUCGAAAAGAGAACAAGUUUCAUUUGUGAUUCGGUAUACAAAAGAAGAAAAAGUAUUUGAAAGACUUAUUUCCAUCAAAGAAUCAAUAUUCACUACUGGGCAAGCUCUUUUUGAUUUGUUUAUAAAAGUCAUGGAGUACUAUCAUUUGGACUGGAAAACUUUCUUAGUUGGACAGUCUUAUGAUGGAGCAGCCAGCAUGCAAGGUAAAUACAACGGGCUACAGACAAAAAUCAAAGAGGUAAAUCCUCAAGCAAUAUUUAUUUGGUGUCAUGCCCAUAGACUUGACUUAAUAAUAACUUCUACAGUUGGUUCAUGUCCUAAAGCUGUCGAUUUAUUUGGGAAUAUGGAGAAACUAUUUACUUUCAUCAGUGGUAGUAAGAAGCGAGUUUCUAUGUAUCGUGAUAAACAAAAAAAAUUAUAUCCAAAUGCACGUGUAAAGGCAUUAAAAAAAGUUGAAACCACUAGAUGGAUGUCUCAAGCUUAUGCUUUGACUACUGUGCUUGAAACACUGGAUUCCAUUUUAGAAACUUUAGAAGACAUAAAAAGUUUCAAAGGACAGGUUGACUUUAAAACAGGUGCAGAAUGUACAGGGCUACUUUGUUUUUUGCAGUCUUUUAAUUUUUUAUUGACAGCACAUAUUUUUAAAAGAGUGUUUGAUUUUAUUGAACCUGUUAGUAGAGCUUUACAAGCACAUAAUAUUGAUAUACUUAUGGCUAUUGAACUAAUAAAGAAAACAGAAAAAAAUAUUAAAUAUUUGAGAUCAAGUGAAAUGUUUUUCGACAUUUAUGAAUCAGUAAGAAAAUUUGCCAAAGACAAUAAUUUUGAAUUUGAACUGACCUUACCAACAAGAAGACUUAGACGAGUUCCACGUCAACCCAGUGAAUUGUCUAAUGAUGAACAAAUAAAUGAUCAUGUGAUGGCUUAUAAAGUAAACACUUAUUUUGUAAUUAUUGAUAAAGUAUCAUCAGAACUUCAUAAAAGCAAUAUGAAAAAUAAAAGUAUACCUGUUGAUGCAUUUUCAUCUAUCUGUAAUAAUUAUAACAAAAUACUUAAUAAAGAAGAUAUUGUGCGUGAAUAUGAACAACUUAUAAAAUCAAAUAUUAAUUUGAUAUCUUUAGAUAAAGAUGUAUCUGUAGUUUUAAAUGCAUUAUCAGACGAGUCAGAUUCAAGUAGUUCAAAUUACUCUGUUGUUGAAAAUGAAUCUAUUGAUGAUUCUCAAAGUAUUUUGAAAACAUAUCAAAUAUUUAUUAAUAAAGGGUUACUAAACAUAUUUCCAAAUUUAUUUAGUGUUCUUAAAAUUGGUGUUACAUUACCAAUUUCCAGUGCAUCGCCAGAAAGAACUUUUUCAAAACUAAAAUUAAUAAAGACAAGACUUCGUUCUACCAUGAUCCAAGAUCGCCUUGAAGAUUUAAUGAUCAUUUCCUGCGAAUCUAAUAUAAAAACUGAUACUGACAAAAUUAUUGACAACUUUGCCAUGAGGUCUUCUGUUUUAACAAAAGCUUUGACCUAUUAA